CUGCGCAGCGCGUUCGCAUAUCUUAACGAACUCGUAACUGUGUUCCCUGUGAAAACUGUCAAAAUGCCAGAGCCUGCGAAGUCAGCCCCAGCUCCCAAAAAGGGGUCGAAAAAAGCAGUCACCAAGACCCAGAAGAAGGGGGACAAGAAAAGGCGUAAGACCAGGAAAGAGAGUUAUGCUAUUUACGUGUACAAAGUACUGAAACAGGUUCACCCGGACACUGGCAUCUCCUCAAAGGCGAUGGGCAUCAUGAACUCGUUUGUUAACGACAUCUUCGAACGCAUCGCCGGGGAAGCGUCGCGCCUGGCGCACUACAACAAGCGCUCCACGAUUACAUCCCGGGAGAUCCAGACGGCCGUGCGACUGCUACUACCCGGAGAGCUUGCCAAACACGCCGUGUCCGAGGGCACAAAGGCUGUGACCAAAUACACCAGCUCCAAGUGAAAAUAAACAAGACUGACUGUUAGAUAAAGACGACUGUGGUCUGUCGGGCUCUGUUCAUCCUUGAGUAUGGAAGAUGAAAACCAUCCACUGUUGACUGAUUUGAUUGACUGAGCUCUGGCAGAGCAUACAGAGUUCUUUCCGUCUGUGAAACAGACAUUCACCUGAGAUUGGUCCUAUUUGUGAGACAUUUGCACGUGUGAUCACUUGUACUGUUUUACUAUGGCAUAUGGCUUGUCUGUGAACCAAUGUUGCUGUAAACUCCAGUUGCCAGAGGGGAAACACUGUGGCUCUUAUGGAACUCUUCUAGAUGAACUUGCUGUAUUGUAUUCAUAUUGAAACAGUGACUCAUGCCUGAAUGUUUCUUCAUAAUUACCCUAUCGUUUACCAAAAAUAAACAGUUUGCUUAAUGGUACAUACAA